UCUUUUGACAAAAACGGUUAUUACAGUAAUUUGUCUUAUUGUGGCAACUUCAAAAAGUUUUUAGAAAUAUCCUCAGCAGCUUUAUUAAACCAGAUAACUCUCCAAUCAUUACCUGUAGUUUCUAAUAUCCAACCUGUUAAUGCUACACCAAAAAAAGCUGGAACCGCUGAAACAGUAUUUCCUAAGCCAUAUAUUAUGCCCGCAUAUUUUGAUACAUUUAGACUUGAGAUUUGGAAUGAAUAUAGAGUAAAUCCAAUCGUUAUUACCAAUAAUCCUUGA